GCUAGACCAACUCUUCCUGCCUCAGGCUGUAACCCAAGCUCCAUCGGGAUCUCCACAAUUCCCUCCGUGUUAUCGUCAACGUCGAUGGUCGGGUCCAAGGUCCGCAUCUCCUCAAUGCUACCACACCCGUGAGGACGACCAUUUGGACCAUCUAAUGGAGUCUGGAAACUCCUUUUUUCACGCGCGUUCCUACAAUGGCACCUGGUCCUUUUAAAAGAACGCCUCUGGGGCUUGAUGUGCCCCGCUCGCCUGCCUUGGAGGCGCCGCCUCCGAUUGCCGCCUUAUUCGUCAUCCGCUUCGACAUCAAGGCCGGCUAUGUGGUGUCGUGGAAGCGUACGGUUGCUGGAGCUGAAGUUGAAGGAAUCGUCGAAUACAAGUCAUUGCCAUCUGGUUUGCACAAUGUCUCGGAAGAUCUAGUGUACUUCGUACAUGAACAAUAUGCUGGAAUUAGCGCCUUUGUCAAUCGGCCUGCGGAGGAAGUUGAACGUAAUGCAAAGAUGUUUGCUGUUGGAGUUCUAGUACCCUUGAGCUCUGGAAGACUAGGGAAAAGCUGGCGGCAUGCUCCAAAACUCAAGGAAUUGGCACAGAGUUAUGCCCCUGACAUGUCUAACACUGAGUUAUUAUCGAAGUACUGGGAAACAUAUGAGAUCCGUGAGAGCGACUUCUCGGGCAUGCCUCCGGAUUCUCCUCUUGAAUCACCUCUUAGCCUCCGGCUGCGCGCACAUGGAGAGCGACCAGAUAACUCACACAGAAGCCGUACAUUCAGUGACGCUAUUGUGCUGGAAACGCCCAGGCCGGCCCUGACGCCUUUCCAUCCGGCUUCAUCACUUCCCGGGUUUCUUGAUUGUUUUGGGCCUCUCAUUUACCCAUUGUACAGAGCAACAUUACUACGCAAGAGAAUACUUUUCAUGGCUGAAGCACCCGUCCAUAUGCCUUGUAAUUAUGUAUACGAUUUGUCUCUGUUAGCUUCCUUGCCUAAUUCGCUUGUUCCACUACUCCCGUCAACUGGUAUCCCUAGUCUGCGACCUCGACCACUCUUCAACGUUGGUAUCCAUGAUAUCCCGUAUCUCGCAUCUUUUGCAGGUGUCCCAGCCAACGCCCAGCCACAUGCUGCUUGGAUUGCCUGUAGCACGGAUAGUGUGCUAACCAUGAAGUCCGAGCUCUUCGAUGUCCUUGUUACGUUACCCCCACCUCACUCUAAGGAUGCAGCUGAGAGGGUAUUCCCAAAGAUUUCUGUAUUGCCGUUACCGACUGCGAAACACAACACACCUCAAGCGAUCCAGUUGAAGGCUACGCAGCGGGAUGCGCGCCGCUAUGCUAUACUUCGCAAGGGCUUGCACCAAGUUGCCUCGAGCGACGAUGGCCAGGCUGGAGAGGACGAUGAUUUAGAUGCAGUGUCAACCUAUUCGUCUAGUCCCAUUGUUGAGCCGAUCUCUUGGACUCGCCUAGCCUACACCUCAUUUAUUUGGUGGGCGUCGGCUGGUGAGAAGCGGGAUGGGCUAUCAGAAGAAGAGGAGGAAGAGCAUCAAAUUCAACAAGAUACCCAACUUCUAGCGAGCGUAGAAAGCCCCCCUAGCCCGCCUUCUGGAUCUAUCAGCCGUAGGAGCUUGCAACCAUCGGAUACACCUCGCCAGCCUCCUGAGAUUGCAAUUGUGGCAUACUUCCGUCGCAUGACUACUCAGCUUUUCGUUACCCUAUCCGAUGCCAUCGCACGACACGACAGUCAAAACGCAUCUGAUGAAGAAGUGGAACCCAAUGACGAUGAUCAUAUUCCCUACGAAGACGAUCCGGGCGAUGACCUCGAACCUCCUGUUACUAUAGGCCGCCAAUCUACUCGAGAAGAUGAUAGAUCUCCACUACUCCAAGAGGAGCCAUCAUCUGGCUCAUCGCGCGGCAAGGACGAACCAAUCAAAAUUACCACGGAAGACAUGGCUGAGAUGGGACUAGAUGUUUGGAGCGCAGCAGACCGUAUCUUCGUCGAGGAACUGGUCCGCUGUUGGUGGGGUCGCAAAGCAUAUGUGGACUGUGCCCGUAUACGGUGCUGUGGGAUUUCCAUUAUUUAGAUAUAGAGUCAUCCUAUGGAUUGUUCUUUACUCGAGGGACUUUCAGGUAACUUCCGUGUAUAACAACAUGCAUAUUAUGGAGUAUACACUCAGUUACUAUAGUGUGCCUUAGAAGAAACAACCCAACUGUAUCGCCCUUCCACUUGGUUCAAAAACUCAGGUCUCGUUAGCUUGGGUGGUUGUCCUGCAUAAUAUGCAGUUCUACUCAGAGUGCUUCCCCGGUGGGGUCUUAUGUUUGUUUCGCCCGCACCCCCGUGAUGGCGGUGCGACUCAACAAUCCAUAUUCCCGUGGAGGUUUUCCUCGAACUUAUACUGAGUUCACCAAUAUAAGGUACCGGAUUACGUCGUAGAUACAACGCAUUCAGGUUUUCGAACCCUACAAAAAGCUCCCAAAGUACUGUCUACCAUCUACUAUCCGCAUAAAGACCAAGGGACCUCUUCCCGCCAUUGCAAAUAGGCAACGUUUCACCUCUCCUUUACCUGGAAUCCAUCUAUGCCUUAGUCAAAUCACGCAAAUAUUUCUUAUCUAUUCUUCC